CGGAUCGGCCGUUGAAGAACGUGUGGCAGGGUCUGGGUUCCCGGGACUCGGAAGACGAAGAGCUUGAGCGACCAUGGGCGGGCAGGACCUCCCGGUACCCCGGCUGGAGGGUGUUUCGAAGGAGCAGUUCAUGGAGCACCUCUACCCACAGAGAAAACCUCUAGUGUUGGAAGGAAUUGAUCUGGGGACAUGUACAAGCAAAUGGACAGUGGAUUACCUAAGUCAAGUUGGAGGGAGGAAAGAAGUGAAGAUUCAUGUUGCUGCAGUUGCCCAGAUGGACUUCAUUAGUAAGAACUUUGUAUAUAGAACUUUACCUUUUGACAAGUUGGUUCAGAGGGCAGCUGAAGAAAAGCAUAAAGAAUUCUUUAUUUCAGAGGAUGAAAAGUACUACUUACGGUCACUUGGGGAAGACCCAAGAAAGGAUGUUGCAGAUAUCAGAAAGCAGUUUCCUUUAUUGGAAGGCGAUAUUAAGUUUCCAAAAUUCUUCAAAGAGGAGCAGUUCUUUUCCAGUGUUUUUCGAAUUAGCUCACCGGGAUUACAACUUUGGACCCACUAUGAUGUAAUGGAUAACUUCUUAAUACAAGUGACAGGAAAAAAGCGUGUUGUACUGUUCAGUCCUCGAGAUGCCCAGUAUUUAUAUUUAUCAGGUACUAAAUCGGAAGUACUGAAUAUAGAUAACCCAGACUUAGCUAAAUAUCCACUGUUUCCCAAGGCUAGAAGGUAUGAAUGUUCCCUUAAAGCUGGAGAUGUGUUAUUCAUUCCCGCUUUAUGGUUCCAUAAUGUAAUUUCUGAAGAAUUUGGAGUGGGAGUGAAUGUCUUUUGGAAACACCUUCCGUCGGAGUGCUAUGAUAAAACAGAUACCUACGGAAACAAAGAUCCUACAGCAGCAUCAAGAGCUGCACAAAUUUUGGACAGAGCCUUGAAAACACUGGCUGAAUUACCAGAGGAAUACAGGGACUUCUAUGCACGGCGAAUGGUCUUACACAUUCAGGACAAAGCCUAUAGCAAAAACUUUGAGUAAAUAAUGAAGUGAAUACAAUGAAUAUAAACUUUUAAAUAUAGUUCAGUUCAAAUAUUAGAAAAAUAUAACAAAAUAUAAAUUAUUUUUUGGAUUCUUUGUUAAAAGAGGAAAUAUAAAUCAAUUUCAAAUUUACAGAUUAAAUACAAAGUGGGUGUUUGUGUGGUUUUUACUUAAUACAGAU